AUGUACGCUACCACCUUGUUAUACCUACUUCCGUUACUUUCCUUACCACUUGCAACGGCGUCGGCAAGUAAAGAGACCAGAGAACUGUAUCAAGCAGCAGCUAAAAGGGCUGCGUCUCCCGAAACGGAUAGUCACGGUCAUGGGAAAUACAACGCUUUGUUGAACACUCACGGACAUGGACAUGUUGGACGUAGAUCACCUAGUAACCAUCAAGGUGGAAUAAAUCAAAAAUUAGUCAGAAGAAAAGUGUCAAAAUCAAAAAAGAGAGGUACAACUUGUCGUGUGACUUCAACCGAUUCGGCAACGGCAGACUCCGCGUCCACUUCUACAGCAACUAUACCAGCAGUUGCCAAUAACGCAAAACCAACUUCUUCUUCGUCUUCUUCACCGUCCUCUGAUUCAGAAGACAGCGAGACCGCCUACUCUACCAUGUCAUCUUCUACCUCAGCCAACGAUUGGGAAAGCUCAUCAGUCACUCCUGCAGCAUCAUCGACGACAUCUGCACAGGUCGAGUCUACUUCUGCUGCUUCAGGAUCAGGAUCAGGUUCUUCUGGUAGUAGCUUGUUCCCUUGGGGUCAAGGUAGUGCGAGUUGGACAACAUCCGAAGGUGGAUUGUCAUUCACCGGAGCAUUGAAACCGUUAACAGCAGGAAAAUUACCUUCUUCAGGUUCCGCACCCGAUGGGACAAACGCUUUAGUAGCUUCUUAUCCAGCGGGUACAGUUGGAUUGACUUCAGCUGGAUUUUCAUUUUAUACAGAAGGAGCACAUAAUGGUGUUCAAGUUGACAAUGCCAAAGAAGUUUCAUUCUCUUAUUCAGUUUAUAUGAAGGACGGAUUCGAAUUUGUCAAAGGAGGUAAAAUGCCUGGUUUAUACGGUGGUACUUCUUUAUCUCAAGCGAAAUCUUGUUCAGGUGGAAGACAAGAUGGUAGAGAUUCUUGUUUCUCCGCUAGAUUGAUGUGGAGAACAGAUGGUGCUGGUGAAAUUUACGAUUAUCUUCCUGUACCCUAUACCACCACAGAUACUGGUUAUGGUGAAUCAAUCCAAAGAGGAGCAUACACUUGGUCAACAGGAAAGUGGACAACAGUGGCGAUGCGAGUCAAACUCAAUGAUGUUGGAUCAGCCAAUGGUGAACAAGAAUUAUUCGUCGAUGGUCAAAGUGUCAUUUCACUUAAAGACGUCACUUUCGCUACUAGUCAAGGAACCAAGAUCUACGGUAUAAUGGCUCAGACAUUCUUUGGAGGUCAUGAGGCCGAUUGGGCAUCACCUGUGGACCAAAAUAUCUGGUUCAAGGAUUGGUCUCUUGCCGUUCUUGCUUAG